AUGAUCCACUUCACCAUUCAUCCAAGGAAGAAGUAUAAACAUCCAGUGGAAGUUAAAGUUGAUAAUACAAUUAUUAAACCACUGGAUCAUACAAGAUACUUGGGUGUCAUUAUAGACAAACGAUUAAAUUGGCGUCGACAUCUCGAUCACAUCGAAACCAAGAUUGCUCCUCGGAUCGGUCUACUUCGAUAUGUAUCGAGAACAGCAUACGAACCCAACAGCAGGACGAUGAUCAACAUCUUCAAAUCAAUGGCACGCACAAUCAUUAUAUAUGGUUACCCGGUACUAUUAACUGCUGAUCAACAUGUAUGGAACCGAAUACAGAUCAUUCAAAAUAAAGCACUUCGAGCUGCACUAGGUCUACCCAUAUACACGUCAGUCGACUACAUCCACAAAAUUAGUAAUAUUCCAAAAAUCAAAGAUUAUGCAACAACAUUACUAAAACAGUCCAUCCAAACAGCAACAACAAAAAACGAUAUUACAUCGAAGAAACAUCUUCAAGAUAUACUUGAAAAAAUUUCAUGA